AGUCCUGGCCCACCCGCUGAGAAUUCAGGAUGGGGUCCUUGGCUGGGACCCUGCUGUCCAUACUGCUGGGGUUGUUGCUCACAUCCACCCCAAGGGCCCUGAGUGCCAACCCGGGACUGGUCGCCAGGAUCACCAACAAGGGCCUGGAGUAUGCGGCCAAGGAGGGGCUGCUGGCACUGCAGAGGGAGCUGCGCAGGAUCACGCUGCCUGACUUCACCGGGGACUUCAAGAUCCCGCAUGUUGGCCGUGGGCACUAUGAGUUCUACAGCCUGGAUGUCCACAGCUGUGAGCUGCUGAGCUCCGAGCUAAGGCCCCUCCCCGGCCAGGGCCUGAGCCUCACCAUCUCUGACGCCUUCAUCCGGCUCCAGGGCAGGUGGAAGGUGCGCAAGUCCUUCCUGAAACUACAAGGCUCCUUUGACCUGCAUGUCAAGGGCAUCACACUGUCAGUCAGCCUCCUAUUGGGCAGUGAACCCUCGGGGAGGCCCACAGUUACUGCCUCCAGCUGCAGCAGCCACAUCCGGGACGUGGACGUGGACAUGUCGGGAGACUUGGGGUGGCUGCUGAAUCUCUUCCACAACCAGAUCGAGUCCCAGUUCCGGAGAGUGUUGGAGAGCAAGAUUUGUGAAAUGGUCAAGAAAUCGGUGGCCACCGACCUGCAGGCUUAUCUCCAAACUCUGCCAGUCACAACAGAGAUUAACCACUUCGCCAGUGUGGACUACAGCUUAGUGGAAGCCCCUCAGGCAACAGCCCAGAUGCUGGACGUGCUGUUUAAGGGUGAAAUUUUUCAUCUUACUCAUCGCUCCCCAGUGGCUUUCCUUGCUCCCGUCAUGAGCCUUCCAGAGGAACAUAACAAAAUGGUCUACUUUGCUGUCUCAGACUACGUCUUCAACACAGCCAGCCUGGUGUAUCACGAGGCAGGGUGCCUGAACUUCUCCAUCACAGAUGACGUGAUUCCCCCUGACUCGAACAUCCGGCUGAACACCAAGUCCUUCCGAGGCUUCGCCCCCCGGUUAGCCAGGCUGUACCCCAACAUGAACUUGGAGCUCCAGGGAGCAGUGGCCUCUGCCCCGCUCCUACACUUCAGCCCCGGGAAUCUGUCCUUGGUCCCCCGCAUGGAGAUAGAUGGCUUCGUGCUCCUGCCGGACUCCGUCAGGGAGCCUGUCUUCCGGCUCAGUGUGGUCACAAAUGUGUCUGCCACAUUGACCUUCAACACCAGCAAGAUCACGGGGUUCCUGAAGCCAGGAAAGGUACAGGUGGAACUGAAAGAGUCCAAAGUCGGAGUAUUCAAUGUGGAGAUGUUAGAAGCAGUCCUCAACUACUACAUUCUCAGCAGCCUGUACCCCAGGGUCAAUGAUAAGUUGGCCCAAGGCUUCCCUCUCCCUCUGCUGAAGCGUAUUCGGCUCUAUGACCUUGGUCUUCAGAUCCAUAAGGACUUUCUGUUCUUGGGCGCCAAUGUCCAGUACAUGAGAGACUGAGGAUAAGAAGGAAGAGGGAGGCCACAGUUGGAUCUGCAUUCCAGAUGUGCGGCACAUCUCUGGAGAGGUUCAGAGGAUGAAGACAUCUCUGCUCUCUGCUCUGGGGUCUGCCUGACCUCUGUCCUCCACCUUCCUCCUCUUCACCAGUGUGCCCAUGCCCUCUCUGACCCCGGAUCUUACCUUCUCCUCCAGGAAGGGCCACCUUUCCGCACUGGUUUGAGAUAUUUUUAAGAGCAGGCACUGGAUGUUUUAUUUGCUGUCUGAUCCCCAUGCCUAGCAGACUGCUGGCAGUUAGUAGGUCCUCAAUAAAUAUUUAUUGAAUGGUGCGAUGAAGAAAUCA